AUGGAGUCGAGCAUGUACAACAACCUGCGGAAGCUCAUCACGGUGAUCGACGAGCUGAGGGACAUCGGGCUGCAGAAGUACAUCAACCUGCCGCGCAUCUGCGUGGUGGGGACGCAGAGCAGUGGCAAGAGCAGCGUGCUGGAGUCGAUCGUGGGGCUGGACUUCCUGCCCAGAGGAGAAGGCAUAGUCACCAGGAGGCCCAUAGAAUUCAGGCUCAUCCACAUAAAGGAGGACAGCGAAGUAAAGCACUGGGCCAUAUUCGAAGAUGACAAAAGUAGGAAGUUCACGGAUUUUAACCAAGUGAGGGAACACAUAAACAAUUUGACGGACGAAAUAGCUGGAAAGAACAAAGGAAUUAUAGACGAGCCAAUUGUUCUAAAUAUCUAUUCGACGAGCUGCCCGGAUUUAUCUCUCAUAGACCUUCCAGGGAUCACUAGAGUGCCUCUAAAGAAUUCAGACCAAACAGAUGAUAUAGAAAGGCUAACGAGAGAAAUGGCUUUUCGCUAUGUGAAAGAUCCUAGGACGAUUAUCCUCGCCGUGCUGCCUGCCAAUGCAGAUAUGUCCACAAGUGAUGCUCUGCAAAUCGCGAGGAAAGUUGACCCAAAGGGGUUGAGGACCAUAGGGGUAAUUACCAAAAUUGAUUUAAUGGACAAAGGAGCAGAUGCAAGUAAGAUGCUAAUGAACGACGAAAUAACGCUGAGGUUAGGCUACACAGGAGUGGUGAACCGAUCUACAGCGGAUAUAAAAAGUGGAAAGUCAAUCGCGCAAUCGUUGAAGGACGAGUUGGCAUUUUUCCAAACACACCCAGUGUAUAGGAAGUUACCUCCCACACUCUACGGAACGACUUCACUCACGGAUAAGUUAACCAAAGUGCUCCUCAGACAUAUCAAAAAUUUCCUCCCAGAUAUUAAAGUCGAGAUAAAUGACAAAAUUAGACUCAUCAAUGAUAAGCUAUACGAACUGGGCACCAACGUCCCUCUAGACGCAACGAAGAAGACGCAACUCCUUUGGUCCAUGAUCACAGAUUAUUGCGAAAUAUUUAAAAAUACCCUAAAGGGGAAAUACGAUAAGCGGUUACAAGUCUUCAUAGAAAAUAAUGACAUCAUUUGUGGGCUCAAAGUGAGAAGCAUUUUUAACGAAUUCUUAGAUGAGUACGUGGGGAAAAAUGUUACAAGUGAGUUGAGCGAUAACGAUAUUGAUGAUGCCAUUUGCCUACAUGAAGGGGAUAGCUUGCCGGGUUUCCCAUCCCCAGAUACCUUUGAAUUUUUAAUCCUACCCCAUUUGAAAAAAAUUAACGCACCAGUGUUUAACUGUCUAGAUAAGGUUAGCCAAACGUUAGAAAUUCUAUCGCAAAAAAUUGCCAAUCGGGUGUUGACCAGAUUUCCAAAGCUAUCCGAGCAGGUCCUCGAUUUAUCCCAAACCAUCCUCCUCAGGGAAAAGGAAAACACUCACAAUAUACUCGAAAAUUUCAUCGACGCGGAGACGAAUUAUCUAUUCACGAAUGAUUCCUCCUACCUCAUCGAACAUGGCAGCAUAAUCAACGCGAAUGAAGAUGACCAGAACAACGAAAGUGGGAGCCAAGACUAUAACUCCCAACAGAGGUCCCAAAACAAAAGGCAGCAAUCUAAUCUGUCCAGCUCAAACGUAGAUAAUAAUAAUAUGCAAAGUAAGUACUACUCUAAUAUGAUGAGCGAACAGGACUACAUCACUGGGAAGGCUGCCAAAUUUGUGAACACAGCUCAGAAAUCAGUUAUGAAUAUGUGGAAUGCUAAGGAGAAAAAAAAGACCAGAUAUAAUGCGCAGUUUAUUCAAGAAAUUAGGAGAAGGUUAGACUGCUACUUUAAUAUUGUCCUACGCAAUGUGAGAGAUAGUGUGCCUAAAAUUAUUGGCUACUUCCUCAUCAGGAAACUUCAAGAAAAAAUGCAAUUCGAAUUGUACUCUGAUUUAAACAGUGAGCAGAAACUCUAUGACUUGUUAAAUGAACCCCCUCAUGUGGUUAAAGAAAGGGAACACCUCAAUAGGCAGCUCGAUAUUCUGAAGAAAGCCAACCAGGUUCUUCUUAAAGAUCCCAAUAUCACCUCCAUCAACUUGGACCUCUUCGACGCUAAUUAUGAGCAGGACUUGAUCGAAUUCCAGAAGAGCCUAAAAUCCGGCGGCGCGCCAUCCUCCGCCCAGGCGUACAAGCAAACUGUUGGCUCGCAGGGCAGCAUGCACAGCCUGGGAGAGGGAUCCUCCAUCAGCAAGCGCAACCCGAUGAUGCAAAACCGGAACGCCUCGCCCAGCUCCAUGAACUCAAACAUGAUGAAACCCAGCGGCAUGCUAAAUCAGAAGAUGCCCUCCUCGACCUACAUGCAGCAGAAUCUGCUCAACGAUUCCAAGGGAAAGCACUUGUUCGAAAAGGAGCCCAUGAAGAAAAAGGUGCAGUACAACCCCCUGUUCGAUUAG